AUGUCUACAUUGUGCCCAGCACAAAAUUUAUCUCAGUUAAAUUAUUUUAUCAAAUCAUCUGGCUUCAAUGAUUUUAGUAAUAUUCAUGAAGAUGAUCGUAUAAAGAAACGUAUUGAGGCAUGCCAACAAGGUAUGCAACAACUUGAAACAUUAAGAGCCAAACAUUUAAAACUUAUGGAUGAUUUACGUAAUGAAUAUUCUUCACUGCAAACAUCAAUAAAUUUUAUACCAAGAAAUAAAAAAUCAAUUGUCAAUUCUUUAGAUAUUCAAGAUAAUCGUUCUCAGUAUUCAGCAAGUGAAGAUGGAACAUCAGUUGCAGAUACAUCUAAUAUAUCACAUCGUAGUUCUAUGUCUGUUGAUUCAGGAUACCUGUCUGUUUCAACUGAUAUUACACAAAACUUAAGAAAUAGUACAAUUAUUGAUAUUCAAAAUAAUGAUCCACCAAUGUCAUAUAAUGCUUAUAGAAAAAUGUCAAUGGAUGAGAAUAAUGGAAAUGAAGGUAAUUUGGUAACAAGAAAUAAACCACCAAUUGGUAGUUCAAAUAUAACAAUGGGUACUGUAAAAAAAUUAGCCAUGAAUUAUACAAAAAAUAUUCAGGAACUUAAUAAAGCUUCAGAAAUUGUUAAAACAACCCUUGAAGGAACAGCAGCAUUAAGACCAAAUAGAACAUCAAAAACUCAAAAUAGACCUUGGUCUAUGUAUUCAACAUCAACUACUACUAAUAAUAAUGAUUAUAUUAAUUCAGAAAUAUUUAGUCUUGAUAACAAUAUAAAAAAUAAUUUAACAUUUGCUCAAACUCCAAAAUCACAAUUUGAUGAUUCAACAAAAUAUUUUACAUUAACUAAAAAUAAUGUCACUGCACAAAAUUAUGAUGAUCCACAUAUUUACAGUACACCUAGUAAAAAUAAAUCACCUGCCGUCUCAGAGAACAACAACAAGACAGAAGAAAUUUAUUGCAAACCAAAAAAAGGCACUCAAAAUGAUAAUAAAUUUUUUCAUAACAAAAAAAAUAAAAAUGAAACAUUAAUAAAUUAUCAGUUAUUUGAUGAUGAAAUGACUAGAAAUAAUAAUAAAAACAGAAAUAUGUCAAAUGUACAACCAACAACAGUCGUGAUAACACGUUUUUCUGAUAAUCUCAAAUCACCAUUUAAUAAUAAACCACCACCAAUUCCUAAUCGAAGUGUAGGAACAAUACAAGGUACACCAAUACCUUCAAAAAAAAUUAGAAAAGGAUGGCUAGAGUCAGAAGAAUUAUAA